AUGUCCGGCGCAUCCUCAAGAAGUGCUGCCAAGAGGCUCCUGAAGGAACUUGAGAGGUGGGCUGCGGAAUCGAAGGAUGAGACCGGUAUCGAGCGCCUUGGGCCGCCGAACGAUGAGGAUCUCCUCACCUGGGAGGCGGUGAUAAAUGGCAAGGGCGUAGGAGGUGGCUAUGACGAGGGUCGCUGGCUUCUUACGAUAAAGAUCCCUGCGUCUUAUCCCAUUGAGCCUCCCAAGGUCGAGUUCGUCACGCCCAUUGUUCAUCCGAACAUUGCGCUCGCAACGGGCGAGAUAUGCCUCGACUUGCUCAAGACGGCAUGGACGCCAACGUACACGAUCCUCGAGGUCGUCCGCGCUAUUCGAAUGCUCCUCUCCUGUCCGGAGACCGAGAGCCCUCUCAAUGUGGAUGUCGCCGCCUUGCUGAGGGGGGGCGAUGCUGUCGGCGGGAAGGCGCUUGUGGAGCUCUGGUGUAAAGGGGAGGAAGGCAGGUAUGAUGGCCCUUAG